AUGAAGGAAGCAAUCGUUUGGAACAGAGACCAUGAGACGACUGAGGUCGAGAUACGGGAAGCCUCAAUCCCAGAGCCUGGACCAGGCCAGGUCUUGAUCAAAGUCGCCGUCACGGGCACAAACCCCAAGGACUGGAAAGUCCCCGUGUGGCUCGAGAAGCUAAAUGGAUCGAACUCCGGGGACGACAUAGCCGGUGUCGUCCAUGCUGUAGGAAAGGAUGUGUUCGAGUUCAAACCCGGUGAUCGGGUCGCAUCCUUCCACGAAAUGAUGACGCCAAGUGGGAGCUUUGCCGAGUACGCAAUCGGCCAGGCUAACACGACAUUCCACCUCCCAGCUUCAGUCAGCUUUGAGGAGGGAGCCACCAUCCCUCUCGCAGCGCUGACUGCUGUGGUAGCUUUGUUCGUUCGACUCGGCCUCCCGGAGCCAUGGGAACAACAUAGAGACGCUGAUGUUAGCAAUGGCGUUAUCGUUUACGGAGGCGCAACGGCAGUCGGCGCAUUUGCCAUCAAGCUGCUGCAGAAGGCGAACAUCCACCCCAUCUACACGGUGGCAGGCAAAGGAGCCGACUUUGUCCAGGGUCUGAUUGAUCCAAGCAAAGGGGACAAGGUGUUUGACUACCGCCAAGGGGACGAAGCGCUCGUCAAGGAGUUGGGUGCUGCGCUGGCUGGCAAGCAGCCCAAGUAUGCCUUUGAUGCCGUGAGCGAGCACGGCAGCUACUUGAAUAUCGGCAAGGUUCUAGAUCCGGCGGGCAGAAUCACGGUAGUCCUCCCAGCUCAAACAACCGAGGACUUCCCCAAGACAAUUGACAUAUCGCGUACCUCAGUUGGUGAUGCGCAUAAAGAGGCUGGUCAGGACCUUGCGACAGCCUGGUCCCGCCUCUUCGCCCAAGGCCUCCAGGAAGGGUGGUUUACGCCUCACCCUCAUGAGAUCCUUCCCAACGGGCUGGAGGGACUCGGGCGGGGUCUUCAAAACCUUCGAAAAGGCAAGGCUAGUGCUGUCAAGUAUGUCGCUAGGAUAUCCGAGACACCCGGCAUCUAG